AUGGCUGCAGAAGGUGAGGCUCAGAGCCCCGAGCAGUACAGAGCCGAGAUUCGCCGUCUGGGCAAAGAGCUGACAGACACCACCCGAGAGAAGAUCCAGGCGGCCGAGUACGGGCUGGUGGUGCUGGAGGAGAAGCACACCCUCAAACAGCAGUACAAUGACCUGGAGGCUUCAUACGAGACCCUCAAACACGAGCUGGAGCAGCUGAAAGAGGCAUUUGGACAAGCGUAUUCCAAUCAUCGUAAAGUAGCAGAGGAUGGGGAGACCCGGGAGGAGACUCUCCUGCAGGAGUCUGCGUCAAAGGAGGCGUAUUAUCUCAGCAAGAUCAUGGAGUUGCAGUCUGAGCUCAAGCAAGCCAGGACUGUGGUCACUAACGUCCAGUCCGAGAACGAGCGAGUCACCAUACUGUCUCAGGAUCUCAAGGAGAACAAUGAGAUGUUGGAGCUGCAGAGAUCGCGGAUGAAGGACGAGAUCCGAGAAUACAAGUUUCGGGAGACACGUCUCCUGCAAGAUUACACAGAGCUGGAAGAGGAGAACAUCACUCUGCAAAAGCUUGUCUCAACCCUCAAGCAAAAUCAGGUGGAAUAUGAAGGCCUCAAACAUGAGAUUAAACGCCUGGAAGAGGAGACGGUGCUGCUGAACAGCCAGCUGGAGGAUGCAAUCCGUCUGAAGGAGAUCGCUGAGCACCAGCUGGAGGAAGCGCUGGAGACGCUGAAGAAUGAGCGGGAGCAGAAGAACAACCUGCGUAAGGAACUGUCGCAGUACAUCAAUAUGAGCGACAGCAUGUACAACAACCACAUCAACAUUGCCGUGGACGGCCUGAAAUUCUCCGAAGAUGGUAACGAGCCCAACAAUGAUGACAAAGUAAAUGGGCACGUCCACGGCUCCUUGGUGAAGCUCAAUGGGGAUUACCGGACUUCGACUAGCAGGAAAAAUGACAACCCUGUCUUGGUCUCUGACCUGUUCAGUGAGCUCAACAUUUCAGAAAUGCAAAAACUCAAACAACAACUUAUACAGGUGGAGCGUGAGAAAGCCAUCCUCCUGGCAAACCUUCAGGAUUCUCAGACUCAGCUGGAGCACACCAAGGGAGCGCUGACAGAGCAGCACGAGAGGGUUCACAGUCUGACUGAACAUGUACACGCCAUGAGGAGGCUGCAGAGCAAUAAGGAGCUAAAGGCCGAGCUGGACAAUGAGAAAGGACAAGACUCCGCAGAGGAAAGCCAUGACUAUGAAGUGGACAUUAACGGACUGGAGAUUCUAGAAUGCAAGUACAAAGUAGCCAUCACGGAGGUGAUUGACCUCAAGGCCGAGCUCAAGUGCUUGAAGGAGAAAUACAACAAGUGCGUGGAGAUUUACACCGAGGAGAAGAGCAAGUACGAGAGCAGAGUGCAGGAGCUGGACGAGCAGGUGACCUGCCUGGAGAAAAUGAACAAAGAGUACAACGAAAAGAUAAACCGCUUUGAGAAAGAGAUUAAGACGUUGACCGAGAUGGCAAAUGAGGGCCACAAUACCCUCAACACCGCCCAGGAUGAACUGGUAACAUUUAGUGAGGAGCUCGCCCAGCUCUAUCACCAUGUGUGCUUGUGUAACAAUGAAACCCCCAACAGGGUCAUGCUGGACUAUUAUAGACAGAGCAGGGUCACCCGCAGUGGCAGCCUCAAGGGCCCAGAUGAUCCAAGGGGUAUCUUGUCCCCACGUCUUGCCCGAAGAUGCAUGGCCGCUCAGAGUGACCUAAGGAGCCCCUCGGACCAGUCUUCGAAAGAGGCCCCUGAGAGCAGCAGGGAGACCGCCCAACAGAGCCCGACAAGAACGGUCAGCGUCACGGUCUCGCCCGUGAUCACCGCUCCUCCCUCCUCCCCCGUCUCCGACAACAGCGACAUCCGGAAAGAGCCCAUGAACAUCUACAACCUGAACGCCAUCAUCAGGGACCAAAUCAAACACCUGCAGAAGGCGGUGGAUCGAUCGCUGCAGCUCUCACGGCAGCGGGCAGCUGCGCGGGAGCUGGCCCCGAUGAUCGAUAAGGAUAAAGAGGUGCUGAUGGAGGAAAUCCUGAAGUUGAAGUCCCUGCUCAGCACCAAGCGCGAGCAGAUUGCAACAUUACGGACAGUGCUCAAAGCCAAUAAACAGACCGCCGAGAUUGCCCUGGCCAAUCUGAAGAGUAAAUACGAGAACGAGAAAGCGAUGGUGACCGAGACGAUGAUGAAACUGCGGAACGAACUCAAGGCCCUUAAGGAGGACGCGGCUACCUUCUCGUCCUUACGUGCCAUGUUUGCUACCAGGUGUGAUGAGUACGUGACACAGCUGGACGAGAUGCAGCGGCAACUGGCAGCGGCCGAGGACGAGAAGAAAACGCUGAACUCCCUGCUGCGUAUGGCGAUACAGCAGAAGCUGGCCCUUACGCAGCGGCUCGAGGACCUGGAGUUCGACCAUGAGCAGUCUCGGCGCAGCAGGAGCAAGCUGGGCAGGAGCAAAAUCGGCAGUCCCAAAGUAAGUGUGGAAGCAGGGGCAGGCAGUGUGCCUUUCCCAGCUGCUAUAGACAUUCUGACCCUGCUCGGUCAGGACUCCGAGCAAUAAGCAGGCCUCGGGUGGCUGACAGUGGUGCUCACAGGGCGAGUCAUACAGUGGCGCUGGCAGAAGAGAUUAAAGGUAAAAAGAGGAGCACUCCUCCAUCAGCACACAGAGAUUGUCAUCCCCCUCUGAAGGACAAGCGUCUUAUUUUAAUUUAGCCAAAUGUA